UGCGCUGCGGUCGCGGUGGCCGAGCGCGGCCUAGGGCCGCCCGCGCCCGCACCUGCGAGGCCCUUGGGGAGGGCCUUUGAGGCGUUUGACUCCCAUGGCCGGCGGCGGGGUUGGGGUCUUUCUGCUUAUGCUCUUGCAGGCCUGCUGGGGACACAGCAGAACAUCUGUGCCGGAGAGGACCCUGCAGGUGGCCCGGGAGGUUUAGCAUCUCGGCGCCUCUCACGAGGCAGGUUUCCGUCUCCCUCGCAGGCAGCUCCCCAACCACCUCUUAAAGAUUACGGAACUCGUGGAGCGCCCGCUCUCCCUCCCCAAGAUGUGUCACAUUAAAAAUCAUGGAGCUAGGAAAGGCAAAGCUUCUGAGAACUGGCCUCAAUGCCUUGUACCAAGCAAUUCAUCCUGUGCAUGGCAUUGCCUGGACAGAUGGGAAACAGGUCAUACUAACUUCUUUACAUCUUCAUAAUGGAGAACCAAAAUUUGGUGACUCAAGUGUUAUUGGUCAGUUCGAACACGUUCAUGGACUCUACUGGGGCCCGUGUCCUGCUGAUACUCCAGCUCUGCUUGCUGUUCAACAUAAAAAGCAUAUCACUGUUUGGCAGCUCUGUUUUAAUGCUGCAGAAAGAAAUAAGCUUUUGGUUUCUCAGAUAUGUGACAUUGGUGAGCCAUUUCCAGUACUCCCCCAAGGCUGCGUAUGGCAUCCAAAGAAGGAAAUCCUGGCUGUGCUGACUACACGGGAUGCCUCAGUCUUGCACUCUGUUCAUCUCAACAACUCGAGAAUUAAAGCGGAUAUUAAAGGCAGCGGUCUCAUCCAUUGCGCUUGUUGGACUAAGGAAGGCAAUCGCUUAGUAGUUGGAGUGGGCAGUGCCCUUCACUCUUACAUAUGGGACGAUGCUCAGAAAACACUGAAUGCUUGCUCUUUUUGCCCAAUUUUUGAUGUGGGGGGUUACAUCUGUGCUGUAGAAGCUACUCUGAAUUUUCAAGUUGGUGUUACUACUGAGCUUCCUCUAGACAAGAUCUGCGGCUUAAAUGCUGGUGUUGCAUUUGAAGUUCCAGCGAGCAUUGAAACAGACUCUUUUCCCUCACAGUCUAGUUUAUGCGGCGAGGAAGAGUACCCCGUGGACGGGGGGAAGAGGCCACUGGACUCUGAGAAGCCUGCAUCUCUUGUUACAUCUCCUGUGGAUCUCACUCACAUACUUUCUAGCAAGCAGGGCACUAAUUCCAGUCCUCUUCUUCACCUAAGGCCCAAGGAUUACCUAACAGGAAGUGGCCAAGAUUCGUCACAUCUCAUCUUGGUGACUUUUGAAAAAAAGGUUACCUCUACCAAAAAAGUCAGCAUCCCAGGCAUUCUGGUUCCUGAUAUAAUGGCUUUUGACCCCAAAACUCAAACUGUAUCAGUUGCGUCCAAUACUUGUAACGUCAUUUUGGUCUAUUCACUGACUUCAUCCAAUUUAGCCGAUAUUCAACAAAUUCAGCUAGAGAAAAAUGAAAAACCAAAGGGUUUGUGCUUCUUGACCAAUAAAUUAUUGUUGAUAAUGGUUGGAAGACAGAAAUUCACUGACCCUGCAUUUCUUCCAUCUUCAAGAUCAGACAAGUACAUGAUCCGCUUGAUGAUUAAGGAACUAAUGUUUGAAGUGUGUCCUUCAAUGCCUGCACCAGCUAAUGCAAGCUCCAGUUUUAAUCUUCUUUCAAACAUACCUCAAGAGUUUUCUACAGACGUUCAUCCUCUAAACAGUGGGCUCCUGAUACCAGGUCGUGCUCCUGUUCAGUCUCCUACCAGCAGAAGAAAACUCAUUGAAGAAAUUAAGAGCCCCUCUUAUGAGCAAAGCUUGUUGUUGAAUGUGAGUGACAUCAAAGAAAAAAAGAUUUCCAUGAAUUUUCCUCCAGCUGUCGAGUCUCUAGAUGCUGAACCAGUUAAUCGGUCCAUGGCACUGUCUGCCACACCACUGGCAUUUUGUAACAAGCCAACAUCUCCAAAAAGGCAGACAGAUGCAGCUUCCAAAAUACCAAAUUCUUUUAAGAAUAACUUGCCAUUAAGUGAAAAGGAAGCAAGUUACGUUGUGAAAAAUAUAGAAAAACUGUCUGGUAGCUUUACAGAAUUACAGCAUCAUCUCUCUGAAUUAAAUGAGCUGCUAAAAUCUGGGAAGAGAAGUCUUCCAGUCUACCCAUCUUCUCAGGAGCCCUCUUUUGUUAACAUCACCUAUCAGAAGCAGCUUUCCAGAAACGGUUCAGAUGAAAGGCGAGCUGUUAUUCUUUGUGAUGGUAAACUCCGUCUAAACGUGGUCCAACAAAUAUUCAACCUCUCUCUUGUAGAAAUGCAACAUGGUUCAUCUUGGAUUGUUCUCACAGCAGACAGUGAGGGCUUCAUUCCGUUGAUGUUUACAUCCAUGCAGGAAAUAGUCAUAAGAGACGCCAGCGUGAAAGGCUAUAGUGUCCAUUCUUCCAAAACUCUGGACAUCAUCAGUUCUACAGAAGGGUGUAGACCUGCUUCUUCUGAAAGCCUGGACAUCACAAGUUCUUUAGAAGUCCUCAGAGACUGUUCUUCUAAGAGUUUAAGCAGCAGCAGUUCUUCAGAACAGUCAAGCAGCAAAAUGUAAUUGUUAACAGCAAUUUUGUAAUGCCUUUCUUCUAUGAUAGGAGAGUCUUAAAUGUACUGUUUAGGACUGAAUUGUUAAGUGAUGGUUUAUCUCACACCUCCUUUGAACUUCCAUCAUUAUUUGUUGAAGAUCGCUAUAAAUUAUGUCAUUAUUUAUUUGGUCCAUCCUUGGAAACAUUAGCCUUUUCUUUCUUGACUGAGGAGUGUUUUAAAUCUACCUCUUGCUACACGUUACAGACCAGGUCUUUGUAUCCUUUGUGUACUCCAACUGCUUUUUGUAGGUUUUAAAAAAUAUGAGUUUUUACAAGUUCCGGAGCUAAGGUUUCCAUCUUGGUUUUUAAUAUACUGGUGUUUUUAGAUGGUAGCACACUUGCAUAAUAAAGAAAUCCUACUUGCAUAAUAAAGAAAUCCUUGAAAACACUGAA